AUGCCAGUGGGAGGCCUUACUCAAGAGUGGCUUAACGGUACUCGGCUCUCAGAGGCGUACAAGACCCCCCAGCUGUCAGAACUGUACACGGGACCCCAGCUCUCAGAGGCGUACUCAGACUACAGGCCCUCCUAUCCUCGUGAGGUGUACGACCUAAUCAUGACCUUCCAUACAAGUUCAAGGUCGUGUCAGUGUGACCUCGCUGUUGAUGUUUGCUGUGGUACUGGGCAGAGUACAGUGCCCUUGGCUGGAUACUUUAGUAAAGUGCUAGGAGCAGAUGUCAGUGAAGACCAACUCCAGAAAUUUCCCAAAGAUCUUCCAAACGUCAAGUCAGUUGUGUCGACUGCGGAGAAUCUCCAUUUCCUGGAACCUGAAUCAGUUGACCUAGUUACCGUGGCAACGGCCCUACAUUGGCUGGAUCAGGACAAAUUUUUUCAAGAAGUGAAACGAGUUCUAAAACCAUCUGGAACUUUUGCGACCUUCUGUUAUAACUUUGAAGUUCUAGAUGACGUAGAGGCAACAGAGUUCAUUGAACAGACGCGAAAAAAAAUCUUUAGCAAGUACAUGACGUCAAACCUUGAUUUGAUUGAAGAUAAAUUCACCUCCAUCGACUUCCCCUUCCCCCACACUCUCAGACUUGAUGGCAUCAACAUGACGUCAGAAAUGAGUGUUGACCAGUACAUCGGCUAUCUCCGCUCCUUCCAUUUCGUGGACUUGUACCUCAGAGAGUAUCCAGCUGACGACAUUCUAGGUCACAUCAGGAGAAGAUUGUCAGAGUUGAGCAACAAUGACGGUGGCAGUUUGACUGUCAGAUGGAACGUGUUCUUGGUCAUGUGUCGGAGGGACUAAACUCGAAGACA